GAUGGCGCUCUCGCUGUCAGCACCUCGGAUAGCUCCGGCAGCUCUGACAGAAAACUGAACGUUUGUGCCGUUUUUAUUUAUUUUGCAGAGGUGUCAUUGUGUGAGAUGUUCGCUGGGAGCUCUCAGGUGAUGUGAAACUGAGCAGCCACAAAGAGAAAGAAGAAAAGAAAAGGAGAGCCACAAUCCACAAAUCAGGAUCAAGUUAACAGUACUUUUGCAGAGGUGAAGGAAAAACUAGAUUUUGCAGGUCGGGAGAAUUUUUAUUAUUAUUUUAUUUUAUUUUUACAUUUUUUAAAAGCCCUCAGAUUGUGGUGACUUUAUAUUAAAGGAGGACUGCGUCUCUGCCCGCAUCUGUCUUAAAUCACACCGAUAAGAGGAGGAAUAGAGGGGCGCGUUGCGAAAUGGCAUGGGUCCGCUUCGGAAGGGAGAAAUGAAGCCAUGCUCGAGAAAUAGUGUCGCCUAAUUUGCUUUCCUCCGAGUCCUGCAUUUGCUUUCUCUUUCGGUCAUUGCCACGCCGGCUGUGAAGAUGCUGGCUCUCCUGAUGAUGAUGAUGAUGUCUUCAGGGUUUUUCAGCCCCGGCUUUGCUGCCAGCUCCCAUUUCAGCUCAGAUGGCGCUCCACUGAGUGAACUGUCCUGGUCAUCAUCCCUGGCUGUGGUGGCCAUCUCGUUCUCGGGUCUCUUCACCUUCGUCUUCCUCAUGCUGGCCUGCCUCUGCUGCAAGAAGGGCAAGAUUGGCUUCAAGGAAUUCAAGAAUGUGGACGGGGAGGAGUACCAUGCAGACAUGUCCACCUUGGCCUCGCCGGCCUCCCAGGGUAGUCCUGACGUCUACAUCCUGCCGCUCACUGAGGUGUCCCUGCCGGUCGCCAAGCAACCAGCUCGAUCAGGCGACUGCAAUCAGGACGCUGCUACAACUAAUUUCUCUGCUGCUGCUUACUUCAUGCCUCAAAUCAAAAGGGUGGAUGUGGCGAUUUUCUUCACCGGCUCGGCACUGGACAAAAAGGAGGUCAAGAGGGAGGUCAAGAGGGCCAUAAAAGCUGCUAAACUGGAGUAUAAAAACACACUUGAAAAAGAAUUCACCACAGGGGACCUCCACUCAGCCUGGCAGGGCCUCAAAACCUCUGUGAAUACUGCGGUCACCACCCCCAGAAACAUCCAGGUGGAGGGCAGCAACCCCUCCUCCCUCCCUGACGACCUCAACGCUUUCUACACCAGGUUUGAGACGGACAACAUGUCACUCAAACCUGGCAGCUCUGCACUCAGCUUCAGGACUGAGGACGUGGUGAGAGCCCUCAGGAGGACCAGGGAGAGGAGCUCACCCGGCCCUGACAACAUCAGCAGUCGAGCUCUGAGGCCCUUUGCAGGGCAACUAGGAAGUGUGUUCGGACUCUAUUUCAACACUCAGUCGACAGUCACACCGUCCCCCAGCUGUGGAAACACUCCAGUCAUCCUCAUCCCCAAAAGAAACAACCCAAAGUCUCUGAAUGAUCUUCGUCCUGUGGCCCUCACCUCCCUGGUGAUGAAGGCCAUGGAGAAGAUCAUAAAACAGCACAUUGAUUUACACCCAGAUAACAUGUUGUUGUCAUUCUCUCUCGUUUCCCCCCUUCUGCUUCUUUGUCUGCUUCUCCUCCUUUUCUUAUUCAUACUGUUCACUCGUGAAUAUUCAUCCACCCUCCUCAUCCUUGUGCACCAUCACUGGGUUCUUCUGGGGGAGGUGAACGCAGGCCUGAACACCACCCAAGUGGUGGUCAAGGAGCUCAAAGCCAGUGCCAGCGUACAGGAGCAGAUGCACUUCCUGGAAGAAGCACAGCCUUACCGGUACACCUUUACCUCCUUCACAUGUGUCUGUAGUUUAUUCUUAUGUGGACAAUUUAAGCAGUACAUAUGUUUUAUAGCUCUCUUUUGUGUGCAGGGGGAUGUGAAGGGUUACCUCAGGAGCUGCAGAACCUCUGAAACCAUGAGCCCAGAGCCCCUGAUUCUUCAAAGGAUGGCCUGUGACAUUUCCUCAGGCCUCCUGCACCUGCACAAACACAACUUCACGCACAGUGACCUGGCUUUAAGAAACUGCUUGUUGACGGCUGAUGUCUCAGUGAAGAUCGGAGAUUAUGGUCUGGCCCACACAAAGUACAAGGACGAUUACUACGUGACAUCAGACCAGAUGUACGUGCCCCUGCGCUGGAUCGCUCCAGAGCUGGUGGACGAGGUGCACGGAAACCUGCUGGUGGCAGACCAGACCAAACACAGCAACAUCUGGUCUCUUGGGGUAACUAUGUGGGAGCUGUUCGAGCUGGGAAACCAGCCCUACAGACACUAUUCUGACAGACAAGUGCUGACCUACGCUGUUAGGGAGCAGCAGCUGCGACUGCCCAAGCCGCUGCUCAAAGUACCCCUCGCUGAACGCUGGUAUGAGGUGAUGCAGUUCUGCUGGCUGCAGCCUGAUCAGAGGCCAACUGCAGAGGAAGUUCACUUGCUGCUCAGCUACCUAUGUGCCAAGGGGGCCAGCGAGGCCGAAGAGGACUUUGAGAGACGCUGGAACUCCAUGCGUCCCAAUACUGGAUUCAACAGUCAGCGUGGUGCCUCAGCGAUGUCACGAGACCACCCCUCAUCAACCACCUCAUCUUUCCCACUCUUAGAACCAUUUUCUAAUGGUGAUGGCUACCACUCAGAGUCUGGAGAUGACAUACUAACAGUCACAGAAACCAGCCACGGCCUGAACUUUGAGUACAAGUGGGAGCAAGCCAGGGCAGACCAGUCAUACAGAGCCCCAGACACUUCUAGUACCUUAGGUCAGGUAAACCAUCAUUGUCAGGAAGCAUUUUACCCACCUGGAGGCAUUGUGGGAGGCUGUCCCAUGGAAAGCCUGAGCCAUGGAGUUUCUCCUUCCUACUAUCAACCUAAACAUCUACACGCUCCAGGUGUACUUCCUGUCCUCAGUGCCCAUAGCCCCUCAGUAAACAGUGAAUACUACAUUCGCAUUGAGGAACCAGUAGACUGUAACAUUGAUCCAGACUACACCAUGGUCUCAUACAGCCCAGACUACCAGGGCAGCAGUGGGAGCUUCCUGACUGGGAGCGCAGACUCGGGAGAGUGCAUGGCCUGCCCAUCACAAGCUAAAACUAUGGGUCCUUAUUGGUCAGCUGACAUCCAUAAAUCUGACAUGUAUGACUCCAACGACUCAAGUCCUGCCAUCUCCCUGACAAUGGAACCCCUUUUAGGUCAAGUGUCAGACAACAGCCCCCUACGACCCUGGGAGUCUAGUCACUACGUGUCCUAUAAAGAUCGAGACGGGGGCUAUUAUUUUGACCACUCACCACCUUUGGGAAUAGAUCACUAUCUGAUUGGAGGUGAGCUCUCCAGAGAGCAUCAUCAGGAAAGCUGGGGCUCAAGAAGCCUGCGUCAGGCUUUGGGGGAGUUGGAGAACCCACUGGUGAUAUCCCAUUCUAUAAACAGUCCAUCUCAGCAGGCUUACAGAGACGCAUAUCUGGACACGAGUCAGACGUCCAUUAUAGGAAAGAACGUCACUGGAGGUUAUUAUGACAUGAUGGGUUCCCUGAGGAAGACUAUGCCCAGCCACACAAGACACCACAGCAACUCUGUCAGUAUAAACAUGGAGACUCAGGGGGCUCUCUUCAUCGGACACAGAGACAGCGACUCAGAAGAGGAAGAUGAGGACAUAUUUGUUGAGAGACACACGUGCAAUACUUGGCCUUCGAAGCACCGCCACAGCAGUGCCGGUCACCAGAGACGGGCAAGCCAUAGUUGCCGACAGGACACCUACGCCGACUUCCAUUACACAAUGCCGAGUACAGACAUCGAGGACUCCUGGCCAGAAGGACACAGCCUGGCCUUUCACUCUCUACCCAAACCCAUCGAUUAUCUUGAGCCACACCAGGUCAAAGAUAAUAGUGCCUGCCUUAGUUUAAGUAAACAUCAUGCUAUGGUGCCCUCGGAAAACUGCAAUGCCUACAUUUACAUGUGCCAUGAAGGUGAGACUCAGGUGCCAACAUCUGGAGAGUGCUGCCACUCGCACUUUGUUGACCCACUCACUGGCUUGCUUGUUCGAAACACAAGCUUUUGUCAGCUCUACAGUCACGCGAACUACAGAGAUAAAGACAUUGACAUGCCGAGCAAUGAAGAGAUGAUCAAUUUAUCACCAGCUCCAGGAGGUCCCAUCGUGGCCAAAUCUGUGGACUGUGGAGAACAGUACGUCGAUCUUACAACUGAUGAUGUCCAAUCCAAAGAGAAGAGGGAGGACGUUAUUAAGGAAAUCAUACAGAAACUGCCAGAGCCUAGAAAAGAAGAGGUGACUCUAACAAUGACAAAAGCCACUCAAGCCACUCCACCUCCUGAUGAUAACACGCAUGUGAUGGUGGCGGUGACAGAUCCACAGUCAGAGAUGAGUCACACCAGUGACAGUGGCGUCGACCGUGAAGAUUCCAACGUAAGCCUCGCUGACAUACUCGACUGCAGCGACGACGACGAAGAGGAAGACAUCACGGACGAUAUAACCGAUGUUACUUCAGGCAUCUUCGCUGAUGAGUCCAGCGAGCUGAACGCUUCUCCCGCCUUCAAGUUGCUACAAAAGCAGGUAGGAACACCCGAUUCCAUGGAUUCCAUGGAUCUGCCGUCUGCAGCUGGGUCCUGUGAAGGCUCCAGCCCUGCGUCAUCCCACCCUUCCAGCUCACCUAAAGCUAUGGACAGCGGCUAUGACACCGAAAAUAACGAGAGCCCCGAGUUUGUUCCCAAAGAACCUCAUGAACCUCGUGAACAACCUUUAGGAAAACCUGCUCUCGAUGCCAGCCUGGAGGAGGAAGAAGUCCUGGAGGAAGAGGGAGUUGAAGCUAAAGUGGGUGAGUCAUCGAUGGGCGAAGAUUUGGCACUAGAAGCAUCACAGGAAGAUGACCAAAUUCUGUUACCCUUGAGCGAUAAGACGCCAUACAGAGACUCUGCCUACUUUUCAGACUAUGAGAAUGAAAAGCAAACUCGGCAUGAGGGAGAGGAACUCCAGAUGGGGAAAACAGAUGAGCAAAACAUUGCAAAAGAACCAAACAUGGCAGAAAAGAAAGCUGCAAAAAGGAAAAAUGAUAGAGAGGAAGAACUAAAGGGUGUUGUAGUGAAGAAGGACAUAAAACUUGAAACGAAACAAACUGUAACAGACAAAACAGAAUUCUCUCCUGCAUCAGAGAUUGAGGAGUACUUGACUGAGGACUGUUGCGAAGAUGAGACUUUAGGACUUCCUCCAGAGCCUUCUGAUACCGAGGGAGGGCUGGAUGAAUGGCCAUCACAGGAAGAGAGCUCAUCGUUGGGAGACUGGGCAGCUGAGGUGGUGGGGGCCAUGGAAGAAGCUCUUGGUGCCCUGAAUGGAGAUUGUGCCACCAACGUAAAUUUAGAUAAGGAGGAAGCAGAUGACAUAAAAGACUCUGCUCAAACUUCAGAAACUUCAGAGGAGGCAGCAACCGAGACGGUUCAGAACAGGCCAUCAGGCACAUCCAGUGAAACGAAACACACCUUACCCAAAGAUGAGGUAGCUUUGCAACAAACCUCAAACGCCAGACGAUUUUCCUCUUCCUCUCCUCCACCUCCGUCCACCCCACCGCCUCCGCUCCCCGCAACAGAGGGCAGAGCAUCUCCGGCCGACGGGGAGGAGGCCGACGAGGAGGACGGCGAUACCGACGACAGCGACGAGUCGGACGAGGAGCUGCAAAGCUACAAUAUGCAGGAACAGAGCGGAGGGGAAGAGAGUGAGGAAGAGUGCCACCCGGUGCCUAUUGUGGUGAGCGACAACAGCGAGGCCCAUAAACUGCGAAGCCUGCUCAAGAUGCCAGCAUUGCUCACCGAGGAGAACCUGGAGGAGGAGCUCGAACACAAGAAGAAAACAGUGUCUUUUUUCGACGAUGUUACCGUGUAUCUGUUCGACCAGGAAAGCCCAACUAAAGAGCUCGCCGAGCAUGGCUUUCCUUUAGGAGCGGAAGGUUCUCGAACCAAACCCCAAGAAAGGGUUAAUGCCUCAGAUGACUCGUCAGACGGGAACAUUUCGGAGGAGAGUGCGGGUUUUGAGUGGGAAGAUGACUUCCCCCUACUCCCACUGCCAACAUCCUCAGCCGCAUCUGAAUCCCCUCCACCCCGUUCCGUCACCACAACCCCAGACACUAAACCAGCCGUGCAGUAUUCCCGCUUUACCGUCUCUCCCUCCAGCGUUUCCCGGUUCUCCAUCACUCACAUCUCAGACUCCGAUAUGGAAUCUGCAGGAGGAAGCAGUGAAGAUGGAGACAAAGAAUAAGAAGCUGUGGAUAUUUCCUGCUUCUUUGUGACAACAACUCGGUCUACUAGCAUGACUACUGAUUUCAUUUUUAACGUCAGGUUUUAGAAACACAAGACAGUGCCUCUUACCGCCUGUGGACACUUUUGAAAGGUCCGUCUCACCACCACGUAGGACUGACCUAAGCUGUUUAGAAUACUGAAAAGAGAAUUGUUAAUAUAUAAUAUUUCAAGAAUAUUAAUAUAUACGGUGUGUAUGAUGAGUUUAAGGAAGCAGGGGGAACUUGUAUGUUGAAUCUACAUAUUUUUUUGGAUUAAAGAAACAAUGUGGAAGGACAGACCUUUGAAAAGCGUUACAUUUGCCACUUUCUAAUUCAUCACGGGGAGCAUUCAUAAGAGUGUGGAGCCACCUGGACUUUAAAGAAAGAGGACUGUUAAACUGUUGCUGAGUAAAAGACACAAUGUCAACUUUCUGACUUUUCAACAAAGGAUCAGCACUUUGAACAAGACUGUACAGCUCCGCAGACUUUAUACUUUUUAGGAAAUGGUUUUACCAGUAUUAAUAACGAAUAUCAAAAAGAAUCUUUAAAGUAUCGCAAGUAAUAUAAUGUCAGUAUUUGGGAUCAUUCAGAGACGUGCUCGUGUGAAAGAUGGAAGCGUAGGGGAUCCUAAUGGCUGUCUGCUUACAGGAUGUUUUCUGUUUUUUGAGGAAACAGCUGAGCAACCUUGACAACCUAA